AUGGCUUCCGUACUCUCAACUCGCGCGGUCAGGACCGUCUCCUGCUCCGCAUGCCGCUCCCUCGCUCGUCCCAGCUCGCUCCAGGCCGCUCUCCUUCCGCGGCGAGGAUUGUCGACAGCCACCGAAGAGCCAGCAGUCGAUUAUACAAACAAGCCGCGGUGGUCGUACACGCCGCCUCGCGCCAAAGCCCCCUUCUCCUUGAGACUCAAUUCCAAGCGCCCUGAUUUCCCCGUCAACUCCGAUCCCAAGGUUCUGGACCGAUUCUACAUCCUCAUGCUCGGAAACGAUGGCGACAAGAUGCUCUCGGAGGAGACCAAGUGGCUUGCAGUGACGCACAAGAGUUUUGACCAGGGCCGGAGAGGAUUCAACGAUCGUUUGGCUUUCCUAGGCAAAUGCAUUGUUCAGCUCCAGGCCUCGUUGGCCCUUGUCCAGAGCCCUAGCAACGCAGCGAAUGCUGCCGCUCGUGAUGCGUUUGGACGGGAGCCUUUCACCCACCCGGCAUUGAAUGGCUUGGACAACCUCGACUACGAUACGAAGAGCUUUUCUACGAGCAAGUUAAAGCUGGCGGAACUUGCUUAUAAGUAUGAUAUGCAGAGAGUUGUGCGGUGGUGCCCUCGGAAGCCCAACAACCUCGAAAGCUCCGGAAUCGACCUCGUCCUUGCCCACACUAUGUACGCGGUGAUCGGUGCCAUCUCCCUGGAGAAGGGCAACAAGGUUGCCAACCAGGUGGCUCGGGAGCGGAUAUUAGCACCUCUGGGAUUCAAUAUCACGGCUUGA